AUGACCAUUUCAAGUCGAAAUGUGACACCGCUAGUGUAUUUAUGGGUGGAGUCACAUCCGAAAUAUGACACCGCUACUAGUCUGAAACAGUUCGCUAGUGUAUUAAUUGAUGGAGUCACAUACAAGCCUGAAACGGGUAUGUAUCCCUCCAAACUGAUAACGAAAGUGAUAUUUGUAGAGAAAGAUAAGGAGGAAGAAAGCUAG